CUCCCCGCCCGGCCGGCCGGCCCCCUCCUCCGCCUCUCUCCCCUCCCCCCCGCCGGUCGGGAUCAGUCAGUGCGAUCCGAAGCGGGGGAGGGGGGGGGCGGCGGCCGAACGAUGUGCGAGAACUGCGCAGACCUGGUGGAGGUGUUAAAUGAAAUAUCCGAUAUAGAAGGUGGUGAUGGACUGCAGCUCAAAAAGGAACAUACUCUCAAAAUAUUUGCUUAUAUCAAUUCCUGGACACAGAGGCAAUGUCUAUGCUGCUUCAAAGAAUAUAAGCAUUUGGAGAUUUUUAACCAAGUAGUGUGUGCACUUAUUAACUUAGUGAUUGCCCAAGUUCAAGUGCUCCGGGACCAGCUUUGUAAACAUUGUACUACUAUUAACAUAGAUUCCACGUGGCAAGAUGAGAGUAAUCAAGCGGAAGAACCACUGAAUAUAGAAAGAGAGUGUAAUGAAGGAAGUACAGAAAGACAAAAAUCAAUAGAAAAAAAAUCAAACUCUACAAGAAUUUGUAUUUUGACUGAGGAGGAAUCUUCAAAGAGCUCUGAUCCUUUUAGUUUAUGGAGUACAGAUGAGAAGGAAAAACUGUUACUAUGUGUGGCAAAAAUUUUUCAAAUUCAGUUUCCCUUAUAUACUGCUUACAAACAUAAUACUCAUCCUACUAUAGAGGAUAUAUCAACCCAAGAAAGCAACAUAUUAGGGGCAUUCUGUGAUAUGAAUGAUGUAGAAGUACCAUUGCAUUUGCUUCGUUAUGUAUGUUUGUUUUGUGGGAAAAAUGGCCUUUCUCUCAUGAAGGACUGCUUUGAAUAUGGAACUCCUGAAACUUUGCCAUUUCUUAUAGCACAUGCAUUUAUUACAGUUGUAUCUAAUAUUAGAAUAUGGCUACAUAUCCCUGCUGUCAUGCAGCACAUUAUCCCUUUUAGGACAUAUGUUAUCAGGUAUUUAUGCAAGCUCUCUGAUCAGGAGUUAAGACAGAGUGCGGCUCGCAACAUGGCUGACUUAAUGUGGAGCACAGUGAAAGAACCAUUGGACACGACGUUAUGCUUUGAUAAAGAAAGCCUAGAUCUUGCAUUUAAGUACUUUAUGUCACCUACUUUGACUAUGAGGUUGGCUGGAUUAAGUCAGAUAACGAAUCAACUUCACACCUUCAAUGAUGUGUGCAAUAAUGAAUCAUUGGUAUCAGACACAGAAACGUCCAUUGCAAAAGAACUUGCAGACUGGCUUAUAAGCAACAAUGUGGUAGAGCAUAUAUUUGGACCAAAUUUACAUAUUGAGAUUAUCAAACAGUGCCAAGUGAUUUUGAAUUUUUUGGCAGCAGAAGGGCGACUGAGUACUCAGCAUAUUGACUGCAUUUGGGCUGCAGCACAGCUGAAACACUGUAGUCGGUAUAUACAUGACUUAUUUCCUUCACUCAUCAAGAAUUUGGAUCCAGUACCACUUAGACAUCUUCUCAAUCUGGUCUCAGCUCUUGAACCAAGUGUUCAUACUGAACAGACACUGUACUUGGCAUCGAUGUUAAUUAAAGCAUUGUGGAAUAAUGCACUAGCAGCUAAGGCCCAGCUAUCUAAACAGAGUUCUUUUGCAUCUUUACUAAACACCAAUCUUCCCAUUGGAAAUAAGAAAGAGGACGAAGAGCUCAGAAGAGCUGCACCAUCACCUUGGUCACCUGCAGCCAGUCCUCAAAGCAGUGAUAACAGCGAUACCCAUCAAAGUGGAGGCAGUGACAUUGAAAUGGAUGAGCAACUUAUUAAUAGAACCAAACAUGUGCAGCAGCGACUUUCAGAUACAGAGGAAUCCAUGCAGGGAAGUUCUGAUGAAACUGCCAACAGUGGUGAAGAUGGAAGCAGUGGUCCUGGUAGCAGUAGCGGACAUAGUGAUGGAUCUAGCAAUGAGGUGAAUUCUAGCCAUGCAAGCCAGUCAGCAGGGAGCCCUGGCAGUGAGGUACAGUCAGAAGACAUUGCAGAUAUUGAAGCCCUUAAAGAAGAAGAUGAAGAUGACGAUCAUGGUCAUAAUCCUUCUAAAAGCAGUUGUGGUACAGAUCAUCGGAACAGGAAAUUAGAAAGUCAAGCAGGCAUUUGCUUAGGGGAUUCCCAAGGUCCAUCAGAAAGAAGUGGGACAAGCAAUGGAACAGGAAAGGACCUGGUUUUUAACACUGAGUCAUCAGUAGAUAAUCGAAUACGAAUGCUAGAUGCCUGUUCACACUCUGAAGACCCAGAACAUGAUAUUUCAGGGGAAAUGAAUGCUGCCCAUAUAGCACAAGCAUCUCAGGAAUCUUGUAUUACACGCACUGGGGACUUUCUUGGGGAGACUAUUGGGAAUGAAUUAUUUAAUUGUCGGCAGUUUAUUGGUCCACAGCAUCACCACCACCACCACCACCAUCAUCACCACCACGAUGGUCAUAUGGUUGAUGAUAUGCUAAGUGCAGAUGAUGUCAGUUGCAGCAGCUCCCAGGUCAGUGCAAAAUCAGAAAAAAAUAUGGCUGAUUUUGAUGGUGAAGAAUCUGGGUGUGAAGAGGAGCUAGUUCAGAUUAAUUCACAUGCAGAGCUAACAUCUCAUCUCCAACAACAUCUUCCCAAUUUAGCAUCUAUUUACCAUGAACAUCUUAGUCAAGGACCUACAGUUCAUAAACAUCAAUUCAGCAGUAAUGCUGUAACAGACAUUAAUUUGGAUAACGUUUGCAAGAAAGGAAACACUUUGUUGUGGGAUAUAGUCCAAGAUGAUGAUGCAGUUAAUCUUUCUGAAGGAUUAAUAAAUGAAGCAGAGAAACUUCUCUGUUCCUUAGUAUGUUGGUUUACGGAUAGACAGAUUCGAAUGAGAUUCAUUGAAGGUUGCCUUGAAAAUUUAGGAAACAACAGAUCAGUAGUAAUUUCACUUCGUCUUCUUCCAAAACUGUUUGGUACUUUUCAGCAGUUCGGGAGCAGUUAUGAUACACAUUGGAUUACAAUGUGGGCAGAAAAAGAACUGAACAUGAUGAAGCUUUUCUUUGAUAAUUUGGUAUACUAUAUUCAAGCUGUAAGAGAAGGAAGACAAAAACAUGCACUGUACAGCCAUAGUGCUGAAGUUCAGGUGCGGCUUCAGUUCUUAACUUGCGUGUUUUCAACUCUGGGAUCACCUGAUCAUUUCAGGUUAAGUUUGGAGCAAGUUGAUAUUUUAUGGCAUUGUUUAGUAGAAGAUUCUGAGUGUUAUGAUGAUGCACUCCAUUGGUUUUUAAAUCAAGUUCGAAGUAAAGAUCAACAUGCUAUGGGAAUGGAAACCUACAAACAUCUUUUCCUGGAGAAGAUGCCCCAGCUAAAACCUGAAACAAUUAGCAUGACUGGCUUAAACCUGUUUCAGCAUCUCUGUAACUUGGCUCGAUUGGCUACCAGUGCCUAUGAUGGUGGUUCAAACUCUGAGCUUUGUGGUAUGGACCAAUUUUGGGGCAUUGCUUUAAGAGCACAGUCUGGGGAUGUCAGUCGAGCAGCUAUCCAGUAUAUUAACUCCUAUUAUAUUAAUGGUAAAACGGGUUUGGAGAAGGAGCAAGAAUUUAUUAGUAAGUGUAUGGAGAGUCUUAUGAUAGCUUCUAGCAGUCUUGAACAGGAAUCACACUCAAGUCUCACUAUUAUAGAAAGAGGACUCCUUAUGCUGAAGACACAUCUGGAAGCAUUUAGGAGAAGGUUUGCAUAUCAUCUCAGACAGUGGCAAAUUGAAGGCACGGGUAUUAGUAGUCAUUUGAAAGCACUGAGUGACAAACAGUCCCUGCCGCUAAGGGUUGUAUGCCAGCCAGCUGGACUCCCUGACAAGAUGACUAUUGAAAUGUAUCCUAGUGACCAGGUAGCAGAUCUUAGGGCUGAAGUAACUCAUUGGUAUGAAAAUUUACAGAAAGAACAAAUAAAUCAACAAGCUCAGCUUCAGGAGUUUGGUCAAAGCAGCCGAAAGGGAGAAUUUCCUGGAGGCCUUAUGGGACCAGUCAGGAUGAUUUCAUCUGGACAUGAAUUAACAACAGAUUAUGAUGAGAAAGCACUUCAUGAGCUUGGUUUUAAGGACAUGCAGAUGGUAUUUGUAUCUUUGGGUGCACCAAGGAGAGAACGGAAAGGGGAAGGUGUUCAGCUGCCAGCAUCUUGCCUACCACCCCCUCAGAAGGACAACAUUCCGAUGCUUUUGCUUUUACAAGAACCUCAUUUAACUACUCUUUUUGAUUUAUUAGAGAUGCUUGCAUCAUUUAAACCACCCUCAGGAAAAAUGGCAGUUGAAGAUAGUGAGAGCUUAAGAUGUGAAGAACUUCAUCUUCAUGCAGAAAACCUCUCUAGGCGUGUAUGGGAGCUACUGAUGCUUCUUCCUACAUGUCCUAACAUGUUGAUGGCAUUCCAGAAUAUCUCAGAUGAACAGUGUAAUGAUGGACUUAAUUGGAAAGAACUGCUCAAAAUUAAGAGUGCUCACAAGCUAUUAUAUGCCCUGGAAAUUAUUGAAGCACUGGGAAAACCUAACAGAAGAAUAAGAAGAGAGUCAACGGGAAGUUAUAGUGAUCUUUAUCCAGAUUCAGAUGAUUCAAGUGAGGAUCAAGUGGAAAAUAGUAAAAAUUCCUGGAGUUGCAAGUUUGUUGCUGCUGGAGGGCUUCAACAGUUAUUAGAAAUUUUUAAUUCUGGAAUUCUAGAGCCAAAAGAGCAGGAAUCCUGGACUGUGUGGCAGCUAGACUGUCUUGCUUGCUUGCUGAAGUUAAUAUGCCAGUUUGCAGUAGAUCCAUCCGAUUUGGAUUUAGCUUAUCAUGAUGUCUUUGCCUGGUCUGGUAUAGCAGAAAGCCAUAGGAAAAGAACGUGGCCUGGGAAAUCGAGAAAGGCUGCUGGUGAUCAUGCCAAGGGUCUUCAUAUACCAAGAUUAACAGAGGUAUUUCUUGUUCUUGUCCAAGGAACCAGUUUGAUUCAGCGACUUAUGUCUGUUGCUUAUACGUAUGAUAAUCUGGCUCCUAGAGUUUUGAAAGCUCAGUCUGAUCACAGGUCUAGACAUGAAGUUUCACAUUAUUCAAUGUGGCUCUUGGUGAGUUGGGCUCAUUGCUGUUCUUUAGUGAAAUCUAGCCUUGCUGACAGCGAUCAUUUACAAGACUGGCUAAAAAAAUUAACUCUCCUUAUUCCUGAGACUGCAGUCCGUCAUGAAUCUUGCAAUGGUCUUUAUAAGUUAUCUCUGUCAGGGCUGGAUGGAGGAGACUCAAUCAAUCGCUCUUUUCUGCUACUGGCUGCCUCAACAUUGCUGAAAUUUCUUCCAGAUGCUCAAGCACUCAAACCUAUUAGGAUAGAUGAUUAUGAAGAAGAACCAAUGUUAAAACCUGGAUGUAAAGAAUAUUUUUGGUUGUUGUGCAAAUUAGUUGACAACAUACAUAUAAAGGAUGCUAGUCAGACAACACUCCUCGACCUGGAUGCUUUGGCACGACAUUUAGCUGACUGUAUUCGAAGCAGGGAGAUCCUUGAUCAUCAGGAUGGUAAUAUAGAAGAUGAUGGGCUUACAGGACUCCUAAGGCUUGCAACAAGUGUUAUUAAACACAAACCACCCUUUAAAUUUUCAAGGGAAGGACAGGAAUUUUUAAGAGAUAUCUUCAAUCUCCUGUUUUUGUUGCCUAGUCUAAAAGAUAGACAACAGCCAAAGUGCAAAUCACAUUCUUCGAGAGCUGCUGCUUAUGAUUUGUUAGUGGAGAUGGUAAAGGGAUCUGUCGAAAACUACAGAUUAAUACAUAACUGGGUUAUGGCACAACACAUGCAGUCUCAUGCACCUUAUAAAUGGGACUACUGGCCUCAUGAAGAUGUCCGUGCUGAGUGUAGAUUUGUUGGCCUGACUAACCUUGGAGCUACUUGUUACUUGGCUUCUACUAUUCAGCAACUUUACAUGAUACCCGAGGCAAGACAGGCUGUCUUCACUGCUAAGUAUUCCGAAGAUAUGAAGCACAAGACCACUCUCCUGGAGCUUCAAAAAAUGUUUACAUAUUUAAUGGAGAGUGAAUGCAAAGCAUAUAAUCCUAGACCCUUUUGUAAAACAUACACCAUGGAUAAGCAGCCUCUGAACACUGGGGAGCAGAAAGAUAUGACUGAGUUUUUUACUGAUCUGAUUACUAAAAUUGAAGAAAUGUCUCCAGAACUGAAAAAUACUGUCAAAAGUUUGUUUGGAGGUGUAAUUACAAACAAUGUUGUAUCCUUGGAUUGUGAACAUGUUAGUCAGACAGCUGAAGAGUUUUACACCGUGAGGUGCCAGGUGGCUGAUAUGAAGAACAUUUAUGAAUCUCUUGAUGAAGUUACUAUUAAAGAUACUUUAGAAGGUGACAACAUGUAUACUUGUUCUCAUUGCGGGAAGAAAGUACGAGCUGAAAAAAGAGCAUGUUUUAAGAAAUUGCCUCGGAUUCUGAGUUUCAAUACUAUGAGGUAUACAUUUAAUAUGGUCACAAUGAUGAAAGAGAAAGUGAACACACAUUUUUCCUUCCCAUUACGUUUGGAUAUGACACCCUAUACAGAAGAUUUUCUUAUGCGAAAGAGUGACAGGAAAGAAGGUUUUAAGGAAGUCAGUGAUCAUUCAAAAGACACAGAGAGCUAUGAGUAUGACUUGAUAGGAGUGACUGUUCACACAGGAACAGCAGAUGGUGGACACUAUUACAGCUUCAUUAGAGAUAUAGUCAAUCCACAUGCUUAUAAAAACAAUAAAUGGUAUCUUUUUAAUGAUGCUGAGGUAAAACCUUUUGAUUCUGCUCAACUUGCUUCUGAAUGUUUUGGUGGAGAGAUGACGACCAAGACCUAUGAUUCUGUUACAGAUAAAUUUAUGGAUUUCUCCUUCGAAAAGACACACAGUGCUUAUAUGCUGUUUUACAAACGCAUGGAACCAGAGGAAGAAAAUGGCAAAGAAUACAAAUUUGAUGUUUCAUCUGAAUUACUAGAGUGGAUUUGGCAUGAUAACAUGCAGUUUCUUCAAGACAAAAACAUUUUUGAACAUACAUAUUUUGGGUUUAUGUGGCAGUUGUGUAGUUGUAUUCCCAGUACAUUACCAGAUCCUAAAGCUGUGUCCUUAAUGACAGCAAAGUUAAGCACUUCCUUUGUCCUAGAGACAUUUAUUCAUUCAAAAGAAAAGCCCACAAUGCUUCAGUGGAUUGAACUGUUGACCAAACAAUUUAAUAAUAGCCAAGCAGCUUGUGAGUUGACCCGUGGACAGCACGGGUUUGAACUGUGUGGAUCCACUCAUACACAGAUUUUUUCAUGGUUUUUGGACCGCAUGGCUGAUGAUGAUUGGUGGCCAAUGCAGAUACUAAUUAAGUGCCCUAAUCAAAUUGUGAGACAGAUGUUUCAGCGUUUGUGUAUCCAUGUGAUUCAGAGACUUAGACCUGUGCAUGCUCAUCUCUAUCUACAGCCAGGAAUGGAAGAUGGGUCUGAUGAUAUGGAUGCUUCAGUAGAAGAUAUAGGUGGUCGUUCAUGUGUCACUCGAUUUGUGAGAACUCUGUUAUUAAUCAUGGAACAUGGUGUAAAGCCUCACAGUAAACAUCUUACAGAAUAUUUUGCCUUCCUUUACGAAUUUGCCAAAAUGGGUGAAGAAGAGAGCCAGUUUUUGCUUUCACUGCAAGCCAUAUCUACAAUGGUACAUUUUUACAUGGGAACUAAAGGGCCUGAAAAUCCUCAAGUUGAAGUGUUGUCAGAGGAAGAAGGGGAAGAAGAGGAGGAGGAAGAAGAUAUACUCUCUCUGGCAGAAGAAAAAUACAGGCCAGCUGCUCUUGAAAAAAUGAUAGCUUUAGUUGCUCUUUUGGUUGAACAGUCUCGCUCUGAAAGGCAUUUGACAUUAUCACAGACUGACAUGGCGGCAUUAACAGGAGGAAAGGGAUUUCCCUUCUUGUUUCAACAUAUUCGUGAUGGCAUCAAUAUAAGACAAACUUGUAAUCUGAUUUUCAGCCUUUGUCGAUACAAUAAUCGACUUGCAGAACAUAUUGUAUCUAUGCUUUUCACAUCAAUAGCAAAAUUGACUCCUGAGGCAGCCAACCCUUUCUUUAAAUUGUUGACUAUGCUAAUGGAGUUUGCUGGUGGACCUCCAGGAAUGCCUCCCUUUGCAUCUUACAUUCUGCAAAGGAUAUGGGAGGUAAUUGAAUACAAUCCUUCUCAGUGUCUGGAUUGGUUGGCAGUGCAGACACCCCGAAAUAAACUGGCACACAGCUGGGUCCUACAGAAUAUGGAAAACUGGGUCGAGCGGUUUCUUUUGGCUCACAAUUAUCCUAGAGUCAGGACUUCUGCAGCUUAUCUUCUGGUGUCCCUUAUACCAAGCAAUUCAUUCCGCCAGAUGUUCCGGUCAACAAGGUCUUUGCACAUCCCAACCCGUGACCUUCCACUCAGUCCAGACACAACAGUAGUCCUACAUCAGGUCUACAACGUGCUCCUUGGUUUGCUCUCAAGAGCCAAACUUUAUGUUGAUGCUGCUGUUCAUGGCACUACAAAGCUAGUGCCCUAUUUUAGCUUUAUGACUUACUGUUUAAUUUCCAAAACUGAGAAGCUGAUGUUUUCCACAUAUUUCAUGGAUUUGUGGAACCUUUUCCAGCCUAAACUUUCUGAGCCAGCAAUAGCUACAAAUCACAAUAAACAGGCUUUGCUUUCAUUUUGGUACAAUGUGUGUGCUGACUGUCCAGAGAAUAUCCGCCUUAUUGUUCAGAACCCAGUGGUAACCAAGAACAUUGCCUUCAAUUACAUCCUUGCUGACCAUGAUGAUCAGGAUGUGGUGCUUUUUAACCGCGGGAUGCUGCCUGCCUACUACGGCAUUCUGAGGCUCUGCUGUGAACAGUCUCCUGCAUUUACACGACAACUGGCUUCUCACCAGAACAUUCAGUGGGCCUUUAAGAAUCUUACACCACAUGCCAGCCAAUACCCUGGAGCAGUAGAAGAACUAUUUAACCUGAUGCAGCUGUUCAUAGCUCAGAGGCCAGAUAUGAGAGAAGAAGAAUUGGAAGAUAUUAAACAGUUUAAGAAAACAACCAUAAGUUGUUACUUACGUUGCUUAGACGGCCGCUCCUGCUGGACUACUUUAAUAAGUGCCUUCAGAAUACUAUUAGAAUCUGAUGAAGACAGACUUCUUGUUGUAUUUAAUCGAGGGUUGAUCUUGAUGACUGAGUCUUUUAACACACUGCAUAUGAUGUAUCAUGAAGCCACAGCUUGCCACGUGACUGGAGACUUGGUAGAACUUCUGUCAAUAUUCCUUUCAGUUUUGAAGUCUACUCGCCCAUAUCUUCAGAGAAAAGAUGUGAAACAAGCAUUAAUCCAGUGGCAGGAGCGCAUUGAAUUUGCCCAUAAACUGUUAACUCUUCUUAAUUCCUAUAGCCCUCCAGAACUUAGAAAUGCCUGUAUAGAUGUCCUCAAGGAACUUGUGCUUUUGAGUCCCCAUGACUUUCUUCAUACUCUGGUUCCAUUUCUACAACACAACCAUUGUACUUACCAUCACAGUAAUAUACCAAUGUCUCUUGGACCUUAUUUCCCUUGUCGAGAAAAUACCAAGCUAAUAGGAGGGAAAAGCAAUAUUCGGCCUCCGCGCCCUGAACUCAAUAUGUGCCUCUUGCCCACAAUGGUGGAAACCAGUAAGGGCAAAGAUGACGUUUAUGAUCGUAUGCUGCUAGACUACUUCUUUUCUUAUCAUCAAUUCAUCCAUCUAUUAUGCCGAGUUGCAAUCAACUGUGAAAAAUUUACUGAAACAUUAGUUAAGCUGAGUGUCCUAGUUGCCUAUGAAGGCUUGCCACUUCAUCUUGCACUGUUCCCCAAACUUUGGACUGAGCUAUGCCAGACUCAGUCGGCUAUGUCAAAAAACUGCAUCAAGCUUUUGUGUGAAGAUCCAGUUUUUGCAGAAUAUAUAAAAUGUAUCCUAAUGGAUGAAAGAACUUUCCUGAACAACAACAUUGUCUACACAUUCAUGACACACUUUCUUCUAAAGGUUCAAGGUCAGGUGUUUUCUGAAGCAAACUGUGCCAAUUUGAUCAGCACCCUUAUUACAAACUUGAUAAAUCAGUAUCAGAACCUGCAGUCUGAUUUCACCAACAGAGUUGAAAUUUCCAAAGCAAGUGCUGCUUUAAAUGGGGACUUGCGGGCACUUGCUUUGCUCCUGUCGGUACACACUCCCAAACAAUUAAACCCAGCUCUAAUUCCUACUCUGCAAGAGCUUUUAAGCAAAUGCAGGACUUGUCUGCAGCAGAGAAACUCACUCCAAGAGCAAGAAGCCAAAGAAAGAAAAACUAAAGAUGAUGAAGGGGCAACUCCUGUUAAAAGAAGGCGCGUUAGCAGUGACGAGGAGCACACUGUAGACAGCUGCAUCAGUGACGUGAAAACAGACACCAGGGAGGUCCUGACCCCAACUAGCACUUCAGACAAUGAGACAAGAGACUCCUCAAUUAUCGACCCAGGAACUGAGCAAGAUCUUCCUUCCCCUGAAAAUAGUUCUGUUAAAGAAUACCGAAUGGAAGUUCCAUCUUCGUUUUCAGAAGACACGUCAAAUAUCAGGUCACAGCAUGCAGAAGAACAGUCCACCAACGUUAGAUUUGAAGACUGUAAAGAAUUCAAAGACCUCCACUGUUCCAAGGAUUCUAACCUUGCUGAGGAAGAGUCCGAGUUCCCUUCGACUUCUCUCUCUGCAGUUCUGUCUGACUUAGCUGACUUGAGAAGCUGUGACAGUCAAGCUUUGCCCUCCCAGGACCCUGAGGCUGCUUUAUCACUCAGUUGUGGCCAUUCCAGAGGACUCUUUAGUCACAUGCAGCAGCACGACAUUUUAGAUACCCUGUGUAGGACCAUUGAAUCUACAAUCCAUGUGGUCACGAGGAUAUCUGGCAAAGGAAACCAAGCUGCUUCUUGACAUUAGAUGUAGCAUGUCUACUUUUAAGGUCACCCCUCACCCCCAAUGCUGUUUGUAUAAGUUUUGCUUAUUUCUGUUUUUGUGCUUCAGUUCGUCCAGUGCUCUCUGCUUGAAUGGCAAGAUAGAUUUAUAGGCUUAAUUCUUGGUCAGGCAGAACUUCAGAUGAAACAAUUUGCAUCUUCAGUAUACUUUCUAAAGGGCAAUCAGAUAAUGAAUAUGUUUUAUGUAAUUAAGAGUUCACUGUAGUGGCUUUCAUUUAAUAUGGCUGUCUGGGAGGAACAGGGUUCCCUGGCCCUGUACAAUGUAAUUUAAACUUAACAGCAUUUUUACUGUGUAUAAUAUGGUGUCCUCUGUGCCAGUUUUGUACCUUAUAAGAGAGGCAGAUUGCCUCCGAUCGCUGUGGUUCUUAUUAUCAAAAUUAAGUUUACUUGUAUACGGAACAACCACAAGAAAUUUGAUUCUGUAAAGAAUCCUCUUUAGCUGUGGCCUGGCAGUAUAUAAAUGGUGCUUUAUUUAACAGAAUACCUGUGGAGGAAAUAAAGCACACUUGAUGUAAAAAUAAUUGUUUUAUUUUUAUUGACAUGACUGAUUGCUAUUCUGUGCACUUAAUUAAACUGAUUGUGAUGAC